AUGGAACAAAUUGUCGAACUCGACCAAAAGGGGCAAACCUUAGCAGCUGUGCUUGGCAUUGUGGAUAGCCCAGAACCAUUUAGCGACGUGCUUGUUUGUGUUGGUGAACCGGUAAUGGUUCGGGACGCUUCUGGCUGGUCUCCUUACAAGAGCGAACCGUUUUCCCAAGCGGACAUUGAAUACAUUCUCGAGACGAUGGAUCCGGACUGGGCGGAACUUCUAAAAAAAGGUGGUUUCAGCCGCCCCUUUGUUGCCGGGAACUGGCGACUUCGCAUCACUGCCUAUUUGGCAAUGCGAGGCAACAAGCAGAUGCUCGCCAUUCGCCGUACACCUGUUGACCCAAUCACCCUACCAAAUACAGGUCUGCCGAAACAAAUUGCCCUGAUGGUUGAAAACCCUAGUGGACUGGUUCUGAUUUCCGGCGCCACUGGUGCUGGGAAGUCGACAACCAUGGCUGCUCUGGUUGAUGCACUCAACCAGGUCAGGAAUGUCCACAUCGAAACCAUUGAAGACCCCAUCGAGUUUGUUUUCAAGUCUAACAAAGCCGUAUUUUCACAGAGGGAAGUGGGGCCCGACACGCCCAGCUUCUUUGAGGGUGUUCGCGGCGCAAUGCGACAACGGCCGGAUGUGAUCGUGAUUGGGGAAAUUCGUGACCGUGACACCGCAGAAAAUGCGAUUCUCGCUGGAGAGUCAGGCCAUCUUGUCAUUGCCACUCUCCAUGCGAGCUCAGCGUUCGGUGCCAUUCAGAAACUCCUUUCAUUUUUCCCGGGGGAAGAAGCGUCCAAACUUGUCAGCUUGUCUACGUCUUUGAUGGGUGUCAUACAUCAGGCCGUCGUUCCUGGAAUAGGAGAUGAAAAGGCCAAGGGAGUUGUCGCUGCCGAGCUCAUGUUCAACCAUGAGCAGCAGUUUUCCAAGUUUUUGGGGAACGCCGUUGACUUCAACAACGAAUUGGCCAAUACAGGUGGUGUUUCCUGCUCUAUGGCCCAUAGCCUGGCGGUGCUUGUCGCCGAGAAGAAGAUCACCAAAGGUAACGCGAUACGGACUGUUGCAGGUCAGGCGAUGGCCGUAAAGAAACUUGAAGAAGCAUUGAAAAAGCAAAGUGUUUGA